ACCGCCUCGAUUGCUCUCUCCAAGCUCCGGAUUAGGGUUUCCGUUCGCAGUUUUCAGAUCUGAAUUCUCCGAUUUGCGGCCGCGUUCCUGGUUCUCCGGCAAGGCAAGCGAUUUAAGUGCUGGAUAGAGCAUCUUGCAGGGAUGUCCGACUUGUUUAUCUACGAGGUUCUCGAGACAGAAGAUAAUUGGUGGAGGGCAUGAUUGACAUGACUAUCAUUGUCUUGAUUGCAGUCUAAGUGUCGGUUUGCAACCCUAGAGUCACUGUUCGGGAAAGUAUUCAGAAUAUCUUUCAUUCUGUUCAUUCAAACUCUAGAUUGUGUUGCCUUUUCAGUUUUAUCUUUGUGUUAGGAUGCAACGCCUGUGAAUCUGGUACUGCUGUAGAGUCUCAUUUCCAUCAAGUUUUAGUUGUUUUAGGCUGACAGAUUAUGUUCUGUUCUGGUAAGUAGUGGGCAGGCAAGAAGGAGAUAUUUAAGCUGUAGAUAUGUUCUGCUAUUGUAAACCCUUCCUUUCAGUCUGCAGUAACAUAAGAUCACUUUCAGUUGAUUGUUUACAAAUUCAACUGAAGAUGUAAAUAUUGUGUACUUUCUCCACUUUAACUUGCAAUAUUGAAGGAUGCUGUGGUGGUAUAACUAUUUCUAGGGAACCGAGAUAUACUCAGGAUUAUAGCUUAGCAGCUAUCAAUUUCCAAAAGCUUGAAGAUAUUAUUUGGGAUGAAUUUGACCAGACUGGUGAUCAUAUAGUACCCCAUCCCUGUCAUGAACAUUGGAUUGAACGAGAACUUCAUAGUGAUAGCUACAAGAAGCCUCUAAGUGAAAUAAUUAACAUUUCAAGUAAAGCUGCUGACCUUUCUAGUGCUAAGUACCUUUGUCAGACAAAGGGGGGAGGAGGAUUUAAACAUCCGAAGAAGGCGAGGGAAACAAUGUUAGAAAAGGAUUCGUGGUCUCACACACCUGGAGGUGCUUUCUGUGAUUCAUGUGAUAACGACUCCAACAAAGAAGUGACAAGCUUGACACCUGAUAAUACAAGAUUGUCUAGCUGUUCCUUCAAAAGAAAUAAAGUUGAUUCAAUUGGGACUGAGUUUUGCACUGAUGGUCCUAUGGUUGGUGAGAGGUGUGUAGCAGAUAGUGAUUCUUACGAUUGUCCUCUUGGUGAUAUUUCUAGGACAGAGAAUGAGCUCAGUUUUUUCAACAAUGAUGGUGAGGACAAGGAAUCUAAUGACCUGUUAUACUAUGGGUGGCCAGAUAUUGGAAACUUCGAUGAUGUUGACAGGAUGUUUAGAAGUUGUGAUUCAACAUUUGGGCUUGGGAGCAUCAACAAUGAAGAUGAUUUGAAUUGGUUUCCAUCAUCACCUACUGUUCAAGGAUCUGAAGAUAUAUUGAAAUCUUAUUUCAAGUUCUCUCAUACAGAGCCCAGUCCAUUUAAAAGUAUGCCAGAACACCUUGAACAUUCUCAACUGAACAAUACAGGUUCUUCAGCCAAUGACUCCACCAUGAACAGUGCAUCUAUUGGCUAUAAAUCUAGUUUUUGGACACCACAAACUGACCGGUCUGAUACUUUAGGUCACUUGACUUUGGUGAAUGGUUCUGAUGCUAUUUCUGAAACAAAGAAUGGACUUACACCUAAGGAGCAGGGACUUGAGUUUAAUGGUGCUGUUUACUCUGAAAUUUCAACUGUCAGCCACUCUAAAGAUGACAGCAAUGGACUGAUCAAUUUUCAUAGGAAGCGUGUGAAUCAUCAUAAUCAGCCAGAACGAAAAAGAAAGGACCGUUGCUUAGAAAAUGGUGGUUCAUCCCAUCAUAUUGGCAGGGUAGGGUCUAAAGGCACAAAGGCCCCUCCUAGGGACUCAUCUCAUCAAGUUUUUGCCUCCCAAGACGCUCACAACCAAAAGAAAAGCAUGGGACCUGAAUCUUUUGAUUUUUUGCAGUCUCAUAGUCCUUGUGUCCAUCUGAACUACAGCCAACCUUUGGAUCAAAUUCCAGUGAGUUCAACACCAUCUGGAUUCAAGUCUGGUAGUAACAACCUAAAAGGGUCUUAUUAUGCAUCGAAUAAAGUACAGUCUAUGGAGGGCUCCUUUGGGGCCCCUGCUAUAGUUGAUGAUAAAAGAGAAAAACUGCAAAGUCAACAAGGAUUUCAUUCUACAUACUUGAGCAGUCCUGAAAAUGUGGAUCUUGUAGUUCAGACUAGAUCUUGUGAUCCAAUUUCAGCAGAAAAGCAUCUACGUUGUUCUCAAAAUGAAGUAGACGGUGCUGGCAUAGUAAGUCCAGCAGAUUUAGAUUCUUCAAAUGUGCAGGAAAACUCCUGCCAGAGCUCUGGGUUGGAUGAAAUCUCACUGGAAGCAUCUAGUUUCCAUCAACUUCAACAAGUCAUGGAAAAGCUGGAUACAAGGACAAAAUUAUGUAUAAGGGAUAGUCUGUACCGCUUGGCUAGGAAUGCUGAACAAAGACACCAUCAGAGAAAUUUGACUGGUGGCAGCAUGGAUGAUGGAGGCAUUGGUGGAGUCUUCAUGGGUGAAGGGACAAAUCAGUGCAGUGGAUUCAUUGAUGUGGAAACUAAUACAAAUCCCAUAGAUCGGUCUAUAGCACACUUGCUGUUUCACAGGCCUUCAGAUUCAUCUGCAAUGCUGGCUCGUGAUGGUCCAUCUCCCAAGUCCUGUACCAUGAUUCAUGGGUCUAUAACCAGUCCACCAAUGAUGGCCGAGAGCGCUGGCGAAGGAGAUAAAAGAGUGGCUAGUCACUGAUGUCGAUUGGCCGAUGCAUUAGCUUCAACACAGUAUAUAUCUAUUAUGGAUUGCAGACUUACGGUGCAAGGUCAUGUGUAAAAUGCAACUCAUGGAAUCCAGGUUUGAUGCCAUGUUCUAGAUGUCUUAUCUGGGAUUUGUUUUUUGCUACAUAGAUGACACCAUCCUUGUAAAGCUAUUUAUGUUUUCAUCUCUUGAGUAUUAAUGUUUCACGGUUGUGGUGCA